GCACUUUAGCCCGAGUUUAUCAGGCGCAGCGGGCAGCCCUUCAGUAAAUAAAGGGGUCCUUAGUUUAGCUUUUCCUGUAUGCUAACAAAGCAGUAAAAGGCUCGAUAAUGUCGGGAGAGGUGUAUCUCCUGUGGCUUAUGUCGCUUUUACAAACGCUGUCGGCAUACGGUGCCGAUCUGUCGUCUGAGGCGUGCAGGGAUCUGGGUUUCUCCAGCAACCUGCUGUGCAGCUCCUGUGACCUGCUCGGCGAGUUCAGCCUCACCAAGCUCCAGCCCGACUGCCGGCAGUGCUGCCAGCAGGAGGCCCAGAUGGAAGCGCGCAAGCUCUACCCUGGGGCCAUCCUGGAGGUGUGUGGAUGAAAAUUGGGGAGGUUCCCCCAAGUCCAAGCUUUUGUCAGGAGUGACAAGCCCAAGAUGUUCAAGGGUCUUCAGAUCAAGUACGUCAGAGGCUCGGAUCCUGUGCUAAAGCUUUUGGACGAUAACGGGAACAUCGCUGAAGAGCUCAGCAUCCUCAAGUGGAACACAGACAGCGUGGAGGAGUUCCUCAGCGAGAAAUUAGACCGGAUAUAGAACCCUUUUUUGUUUUGUUUUUUACCUUAAGGGUCGAUUCACCCAAAUUACAACGCCUCAAGUGGUGUGUAGCCAUGCAGAUAUAUUGUGUUUUAUGACCCUGAGAUGACUCUCCGCCUCAGCUAGUUUGUUAGUGGUGUUCACAGCGCUGGAAGUAAAAUAUUCAACAGUUAUCCUAGUCAUUGUGGAUAGACCACCUAACACACCAUCAUUCAUUUUAAUUGGAACUAUUUUCUUCCGAAGACUGAUCCCAAUGAUACGGAAGAGAAGUGCCACAUGUCUAUCCAUUUUAAUUUUUUUAUCUGACCAAAUGUGUGGUAAUUUUAAUAUUUUAAAUCUGAAUUUUGUUCUCAGAAUAAAUUAAAAAAAACACUUUUGGUCUGAUUAUUAAAAUAAGUAAGUGGCCCUUAUACUCUUCCGUCUAAUGAAAAACAAAUGUUUACUACCCUGAACCAAAAUACAGCUGCAUAUCAUAUUUAAGUUGUGACAUAAAUCUCAGGAGCUUCUAAAACUUCUAAAGCAAAUAAAACCUGAACGAUCUGCAUGGCUAGAGACCGCUAUGAGCUACUGAUGAAACAUUUUAAAAUAAUUUUGGUGAAGCGACCCUUGAAUUAUUUACCAAUUUGUACACAACUCGGCAAUCAUGGCUGGUUGUUAAAUCAUGAUAUGACUGUUUGUUUUUGUAUGAAAAUCUUGAAUUUCUUGUCUGGAUUCUACCAAAUAACUUAUGCGACAGUGAGGAAAGACCGCAUCAGAGCCCAGCUGGGCAGCACACUCGAAUAAUGAUGAAGAUUACAGCUAAAUCAUGGUCUAAAGGAAUUUAAAAAACAAUAAUGCAUAUUAUGAAGUGUUUUGCUGUUUGUCUGUGGGAGAUGACAACCCCCCCUGUCUGUCUGAUCUAUGUUUGAUUAUUUUUUUAUAAGGUUCAACGUUGUGACUGAUGGGAUUUGUAGUCGGAAUGGAUCCUAGUUGCUCUCCAUGUGCCGAUGUGUUUGCUGGAGCACACGUUGGUGAUGGGCUCACAGUAAACCAGUGUUGGGAUGUGAGCUCUGAUGUGUGUCUGUGUUUCAGCAUCUUCUGCUGUGGGGAGGAACUGGAUUCAUAUAUUGAUGCUUGUUUUGGAGCGAGUGAGGUUUAAAUAUGCAACAAUAAACAAAGUCUCUGAUGGA